AUCAUUUCUCUUGAUCAAAAUGGAAGGAAGGAACCAUCAGUUGCUCGGUUGGGGUGGAAACAAGGGUUAGGGUGACUGGGCCGAGGGUUCUUAUCAGCUUAUCGGAGCUUAAUUGAGGACGCGCUUGCAAGAAAGAUCUGGAGCGCGACUGGUCCUCAAAGUUGAAGGUCAAUAUUUUCAUUCAACUGCUGCUUGCUUUCCCAGCUGCUUCGCUCAUCGUGCAGCAAACGGCCAAAACUCGUCAAAAUGGCCCAGCAAUUUGAAUCUCAACCUCUCUCCGACAUUGGAGAUAGCGACAACGACUUGGAUUCGCUUUUCGGCGACGGCCUUGAUCCCGAGACGGACCUCUCUUCACUUUUAUUCGAAGAAGUCACCUCGGACCCCGCCAUCCAACUACAGCCAUCCUCGUCACCACCGGCGACUUCAUCAGAGCCCCGAUGCGAGCUCACUCUGCCAAGGGUACAAGAAGAGCCUGUUUCUCAGCUCACUUUGCCCGUUGUCCCUGAUCCUCUUGGUGCCCCUUUAUCGCUCCAAGAUGGACACACUUCAGGUGGCCUCGUGGUUAGUAGCACCCGAUAUCCUCACAAUGACCUUCCUAGUACCGGAGCUGCGGUAUCAGGAGAGCUCGAGUUCCUGCUCAGCGACGCUCACGUGGACCUGGCCACGGAUGCAGACUGGCAGGCCGAACUCCAGAAGCUCUCGGAGGUCAACUGGGCGGGUCUAAAUCAAGAUCAGCAUGUUAAUGCCCCUACAGAUGCGCCGGAAGAUGUCCAUCAGAUGAUCCCAACAUCCUAUGGGGAGAAUAUGGAAGAUUUUUCUGUCAUUUCUAUUCAACAGAUUCACGGCCUUCGCUAUUCGACCACUGCAGCAAACAGCAUGGUCAAGCUGCCGCGCCGCAUGGACGAGGAAACCCAGCUUGCUAAAAUCUGGGAAUACAUCACCCUCAGACGAAACCAGAAAUACGAAGAGCUCUACAGUCUGCUUGAGCUGCCCGUGGGUGAAGGCAAGUACUUGAAGAAGGACCUGCACCAGUAUCUUGAGGCCGAGCAACUUGCCGAAGUCAUUCAACGCAUAAGGUGUGAGAAAAGGCAUAACGGCGCACACACCAAGAUGUUUGUGGUGAAGCUGGCAUACCAGAUACUGGCGAAAGAAGGCUGGGGAGCACGUUGGUUUGGUGCUGGGAAUGCGAAUGCAAGUGCCAGAACCAGAACUCUGUUUUGGCCCGAGGACUCGACAACCCUUCUGUUCUACUUCGCCAUGUUUGUCUACCGCGUUCAGGACAACCUCAAAUCCAGAAUCACUCAGCAAAAUAGCCUCGCACGCCGGAAGAGGGACGACACAUCGCGGACAACCACACCUUCGGUUGAUCAACCACAAGUCAGCACCCCGGAGACAGAGUGCCAGUUUGAUACCACUCCUACCACCUCGCGACCGUGCACUCCCCCGGACCAACGGGCUCCUGCAAUGCAGACCUUGUGGGACAGUGCCGACCUCGCUGUAUCAGCGCAGAGAGCUCAGCGCUCAGCCCAGCUCCCCUCUCCACCUACAGGAGAAUCAUCUCCUAUCCCGAUUCGCCAGGUCCUCCAAACAGCACCACCCGAGCCAGAAAUUCCACCACAAAACGGCCAGUCUUUCUUUGCCUCUCUGGUGAGUGAGGUGACCAUCAACAAAAAGCGCAAGCGGGCCCAAGCCCUGGCCGGGCUUCAGGAUCCGGAUAUAUAUGAGGUUGAGAUCCCGCCCAACGCCAAGCUCACCUACCGCGUCUUUGUCAAAGAUGGAGCCGAUAGCAGCGACCUGGUCGACACCCCCUUUGAGUUCAAGCACACCGACUCGAUAAUAUUAGAAGGUGCCUUUGACGGGCUGAUGGCGUCGUUUGAGCAAGCGCAGUAUAGAAGACCGCACAUGUGGAUACAGACGCCGUAUGGGAGGAGGAUGAUUACCACGUCGGAGGAAUGGGACCAGGCUGUCUUGCUGAUUUAUAAUCUGAGGAGGGCUGGAGGUCUAGUGGAGGUGGAUGUUUUUGUUUGAGAGGGGGGUUGGUUUUAUGGACGAGUGAAUAACAGGUGGAAAUAUGGAUAGAGGAUUAUGGAGGACUGGUUUAUUGAGAUGUAUACGCUGUGCAUGGCGGUAUUUGCAAAGCGCACUGCUUUGGGCAGGGGUCAGCAGGGUAGCGUUUGGGCAUUUUAUGGCGUUGUCAAUGGGAAUUGUUAUGGGUGCAAGUUGUUACAUUCGGGCCUCUGCCAAAGCUUCACGAUGAUGGAGCGGGAAUACCGGAAGGGGCAGAUACCAAGAAGAACAGGAAUCACUGUAUGUCACACGCUCUAUCACAGCAACAUGAGCCUGCGUGGUUUGGUAUGUUGUUAAAUCCCAAAGCACGUACUCGC